AUUGAAAUCGGACAACGUGUGUAUAAAUGCUUUUGCUGAUACUUGGUAUAUAUAUCAUACGCAGUUCACGAAUAGAGUGUUGAUAUUAUUUAUUACAACUAGUCUGAAUUAGUCAUAACUAUGCCAUUGUCGCAUAAAACGAAGAGUGUUCGACCAAUAUUAUGGUCAUUAGAUGGCAAACCCGUGAAAAUAGAUAAAUGGGAUGGAUCUGCAGUGAAAAAUGCCCUUGAUGAUGCAGCCAAGAAGGUGCUUGUUGAUGGUUAUGGAUACAAAGAAAAUCAUGUUUUGAUGGAUAUCAGAUUAAUUAUAUGUACAGUAUCAUGUAUGUUUGCGAUAACUGCCUUAAUCUAUGACUAUCUACAUCCGUUUCCAGAAUCCAGACCAAUUCUUAUUGUCUGUGUUGUUUCAUAUUUUAUCAUGAUGGCUAUAUUAACAGUUUAUACUACUUUUAAAGAGAAGAAUAUAUUUUUAGUUGCUCAUAAGAAAGAUGCUACUGGAGUGGAUCCGGAUGAUGUUUAUACUCUGGCUUCUUCUCUCAAAAGGUUUGAUCACAUGUACUCUCUCACCCUCACAUUCACUGAUGGCAUAUCCAAUGAAAUGCGGCAUACAACAAUGAAGAAGUCGGUAGCAACCUGGGUAGAUGAAAAUGGGUCUAUAUUAUUUGAUCUGUAUGAACCGGAUAUUAGAAACCUACAUGAUAGUAUAACAUCGGAGAAAAAAGAAAAGUGACUUUAACAAUUACAUCACUCAUUUAUUUAUCACAUUAUUAGAUGUUUUGAGGCAGGUCCUGGCUUAGUUUACUCUCAUACAGUGCAGCAUGAUACUUAGUUCUAGUGCAGGGUUGCUAUUGUUGGACUAAUUUGCAUACUUAUUAGACUAGAUUUGCAUAGUUAUGUAAUAUUUUUAUUGAGAAUCAAUAAGCCUCGUAAAUUGACCUAUUUGAAAAACAUGUUGCUGCAUUUGAUUUAAAAUUAUGUUUUUUGUUUAUAUAUUUUUAUUAGCAUCUUACUUGAAAGAACUCAACAAGUCAGUGGCCAUGGAUUUUCUUUAACUCCAGCAAUUUUAGUCUUGUGCCCAGUAGAAAUACCAACUGUCUGUUUCUUUCAGCAAUGUAUUCUUUACUUCAAUAACUUAAGUUAACCAAGUUUUUUUUUUUCUUGUUACAUUUUUAUAAUUAACUCCAGAAAAGUAAUGAUAGCAUCAUAGUAGAAUUCUGUAUAUGUAUUAAUGUAAACAUUUUAUUUCGGGAUAUUAUUAUAAUAUUCUUGAAAGCUACCUGCAAGACUUGCAAUUAGUAUGGUUUCUGUUCUGCAAAUACCCCAGUCCUGUUUUAUCUAUUUCAUAUAUUUCACAGUCUUGCCAUAGACUACCAAGACAAUAUUAAAAACAUACGUCACAAAGUUCGUAUUUUGUAAGAAAGCUGUUAAAGAAUUGAUAACAUUCAGUACAAUAAAGAUCUUUGAAGGCUAA